AUGGAGACACCAAAGACUACCACCGAGCACUUUCGUGCUUCACACAACCCUUUCGCCACACCGCCGUUCGCGACACCAGUUGGAUCUAUUCGGUCGCGAAGGCUCGAUUCGGCUGUUGGUGAACCUCUAGUGGCCCCAGCUCGUCCUCGCCGACGCUUCAGAAGUUCUCGACUGAUCGGGAAAUUCGAGAAGCCGUGGCUGGAGGAUAACAAGAGAAGACCCAAUUGGGAUAGCAUCAUUUUCUACACUUGUGUUGGUAUUGCACUGGCUGUUUCGGGUUAUAUCUGCUGGUCUGCGUACGCAAAGGUUCCCAAGCACGAGUGGUGCAUGGUUCUAGAUGAAGACUUCGCGACCUUGGACCCCAACGUGUGGAACCACGAGGUCCAGCUGAAUGGUUUCGGAACGGGUUCCUUUGACUGGACGACCACCGAUUCGAGAAACUCCUACGUUGACGGCGAAGGCCUUCACAUCGUCCCAACCCUGACCCUCGAAACCACCCACUACACCGAGGCUCAACUUCUUAACAACACUGCUCUGAACUUAACCGCCGACGGAAGCUGCACCUUUUCGGAACAGCGCACGUCUACGCUUGUGGACUGGAGCCCAUGCGCGGUGACGAGUAACACUUCCACCGGACACAUCCUCCCGCCCGUUCGGUCCGCUCGUCUCACCACAAAGGGCAAGAAGACAAUCAAGUAUGGCAGAGUGGAAGUUGUCGCUAAGUUGGCAAAAGGAGAUUGGUUGUGGCCCGCCAUCUGGAUGAUGCCCGAGGAUUCUGUCUACGGCGAAUGGCCCAAGAGCGGUGAAAUUGAUCUCUGUGAAGCUCGGGGCAACGACGCAGAGACUUAUUCGCUCGGAAACAACAUUGUGAGCUCAGCCAUGCACUGGGGAACCUCGUAUCUGAAUGAUGCCUACCUCAAAAGUACCUCAGACUGGGGUGCGCAGCGGACCAAGUACAGUGACGGUUACCACACGUAUGGCCUGGAAUGGACUGAGGAUUAUCUAUUCACCUGGCUAGACGGUCGGCUACGGCAAAUCCUUUACUUCGAUUUUACCAAGAACGAGAACAUGUGGACCUAUGGGGACUUUGCCGGUAAGACGGUAAACGAUAGCGUACCCAGCAAUCCGUGGAGUCAGAGUGACGGCAAAAACGCUCCCUUUGACCAGGAGUUCUACCUCAUCCUUAAUGUGGCUGUUGGUGGCACGAACAACUAUUUCCCCGAUGGACUUGGUGAUAAACCCUGGGUUGACGCCAGCACCAGUGCCAUGAGGGAAUUCUACAUGGCCCAGAGCUCCUGGCUCCCUUCAUGGGGUACACCCGAAGAACGUGGCAUGAUCGUCAAAUCCGUAAAGAUGUGGCAACAGGGAGCCUGUGCAUGA